AUGAAGUGUUCGCGUGGUGUGGAAGUUCUGAGCGGAGGCACGAAUCAUGCUCUGGCAAGGGUGAUGCUGACAAUGGACGUGAGUGGUAGGCAGGUGGAUAUGGUGAAGACCUUUGAGUCGUUGGCUCUGCCGGCCGACGCUGCCAAGUCCUCAAACGACCACCCUGCCAAACUGGUGGUUGACGCUUGUAGGAUCCUCAAAGACAUGCCGGAUUUGAUAAUAGGGCUGAAGAACGUGAAGAACGUAAGGUACAUUGACCUGUCCGCUGAGGAGUUGAGAGAAAUACACGACGAAUUUAAUGCUAAGACGGACUUUUGUUGGAACGUGUUGAUAUGCCUACAUGGAUGCAUGCAUGCUUUCGCACAAGUAGCAAAACGGAAGACGUGCAAGUUGAAGGGUGAGCUGAAGGACCGUUUGAGUGAUUGGAUGGAGCGAGUGGCGACCGCUUACAAUGGAGAGCCAGAAUUAGAUACUGUGACAAAUGCUGCGCGAAUUGAAGACCUCAAGUUCGGCUUGGCAGCUGUCGUCCGAUGCGCCGUCAAUAACGGGGACCGCACGUGCGGUGUUGCGUGGUACAGACCGGAGGUGCGCCCGGACCCAACCGACUGGCAACAGGCGGAAAUCGCACUAGGUAAGGUCAGGGCUGUUAGGCGACUCACUGCAGCGCGUCGUCUCUCACUUGGUGUGUGGGAGGCGGGCCACGUGGUGCGGACCUAUGAGGAGAUGCGCACAGCAGAUCGCCACUGA